AUGGCAUCCCCCACCGAGCAGGCUGUCGCUUUCAAGAAUGAAGGAAACAAGGCCUUUUCUUCGCACGACUGGCCCAAGGCCAUUGAGCUCUACACUAAGGCCAUUGAACUGAAUGACAAGGAGCCGACCUUUUACUUGAACAGAGCCCAGGCCAACAUCAAGUCGGAAGCAUACGGUUAUGCCAUUGCAGAUGCAACGAAGGCGAUAGAGCUCAACCCCAAGCUCGUCAAGGCUUACUUUCGCCGCGCCGUUGCCUACGCCGCCAUCUUGAAGCCAAAGGAUGCGCUCCCGGAUUUCAAGGAGUGCGUCAGGCUCGACCCCAGCAACAAAGAUGCCAAGGUUAAGCUUGCCGAGUGCCAGAAGAUUGUGCGCCAGCUCAACUUCUUCGCCGCUAUCGAAUUGCAAGAUGAGCCCUCUGCUGCCGAAGGCCUCGACCUGGACUCCAUGGUUGUCGAGCCCGACUACGAUGGUGUCAAGCUGGGAGACGAAAUGACACAAGAAUUCGUCGACGACAUGAUCGAGCGUUUCAAGAACGGCAAGAAGAUUCACAAGAAAUACGUGUACCAAAUCAUCAUCGCCGUCAAGAAGAUUGUGUAUGAUGAGGCUACCAUGGUGGAAAUGAAAAUCCCCGAUGAUGUCAAACUCACCGUCUGCGGUGAUACCCACGGCCAGUACUUUGAUCUGCUGGAGCUUUUCAGAUUGAAUGGCCGCCCAGCCGAGAAGCACUGGUACCUCUUCAAUGGUGAUUUCGUCGAUCGAGGCUCAUGGUCGAGCGAGAUCGCCUUGUUAUUGUACGCUUACAAGUGGCUGCGACCCCACGGCUUGUACUUGAACCGUGGCAACCACGAGACAGACGACAUGAACAAGGUUUAUGGCUUCGAGGGCGAGUGCAAGGCCAAGUACAAUGAGCGAGUGUUCAAGCUAUUCUCCGAGAGUUUCUCGGCGCUGCCGCUGGCCACGUUGAUCGGCGACAAGUACCUGGUCCUCCACGGAGGUCUCUUCUCAGACGACAACAUCACCCUUGACGAUAUCCGGAAACUCAACAGACACAGCCAGCGCCAGCCAGGCCAAUCCGGUCUUAUGAUGGAGAUGCUCUGGACUGACCCCCAGACAGCUCCUGGCCGCGGACCUAGCAAGAGAGGUGUCGGCAUGCAGUUCGGACCCGAUGUUACGAAGCGAUUCUGUGACAGGAACGGACUCGACGCCAUUAUCCGAAGUCACGAGGUCAGAAUGGACGGCUACGAGGAGGAACACGACGGAAAGUGCAUUACUGUCUUCUCGGCACCAAAGUACUGUGAUCAGACGGAGAACCGCGGUGCUUACAUCAACAUUGGACCAGAUUACAAGCUGCAAUUCAACCAGUUUGAUGCAGUGCCCCAUCCCAACAUCAAGCCUAUGGCAUACGCACAGAGCUCGUUGAUGUCUAUGGCGUAG